CGCCGCCCCGACUCGUCUCCCCAGCCCAAAUCCCCAAAUCGCCCCUAAAACCCUAGCCGCCGCCACGCCAUGGCCGCCUCCCCCACCGCCUCCGCCUCCGGCUCCGCGGCCGCGGCGGCGGCGGCCGCGUCCGAGGCCAACGACGGGCCCACGCUCUCCGUCGUCACCAAGCGCCUCCGCGCGCUGCGCAAGAAGCAGAACCGCAUCGCGCAGAUGGAGGAGGCCGUCGCCGCCGGCAGGACGCUCAACCAGGAGCAGAAGGAGGUGAUGCGCUCCAAGCCCACCCUCGCCGCCGUCAUCGACGAGCUCGAGCGCCUCCGCGCCCCGCUCGCCGUCGCCGUCGCCGAGGAGGUCUCCGUCUCCGCCCCCCCCGCCCUCGCCCCCGCCCCGUCCGCCUCCGGCUCCGAUUCGUCCGUCCAGGACCUCCUCGCGCUCGUCUACUUCGGCGCCCUCUUCGACGUCAAGCCGCAGAGCGACUUCAUCGCCACCAUGGCCGCGCGUGAGCACGAGCGGAGCAGCUGCAUCACCUACGACUGCGUCGGGGACGACACCGUGGACCUGCUCGUGGAGGGCGACCUCGACGUCGUGUCCGCUGUGGCCGCCCUCGCCGCGGCUCGCCCUGCUUCCGCGGUCGGCGUCUCCCACCGCGACGCGCUCCAGGCCUGUGCCCACCAUGCCCGCUUAUGGCUCGCCCGCGCCGACGAGCCCAUCCACCCUGGCUCCUCUGUUACUUAUGCUGCGGUGAGGGCUAAGCUGGACAGGAUCAUGGCAUCAGACUACUACACAGCAGCUGCAGUUGGAGGCUAUGGAGCUGAAGGUGUGCAGGCACAGGAGAGUAUGGCUGCCUCACCAGAGGCAUCAGCAGUGGAGGAGAACCUAGCUGCUGAAGGCCACAAGGAUGAGAAGGAAGACUCCCAUGCUACAGAAAUUUAUGAUGAUCAUCAGUCUAAUUCAGCCGACGUUCCAAACCUGGAUCGUGAAGCUCCAGUGAACCCCGAUGAGGAAUAUCCCUCAGUUGAGGCAGAGCAAGAGAAGUUUGACGUGGAAGAACAGGAUGCCGAGCCAAAAGAGCAGCAGUUCCAGCAGCCUCGGCGGUCUCAUCAGAACCAGCGUGGUGGUGGUCGUGGCAGGAGGGGUGCCUACCCCAAUGGCCGGGGUUGGCGUGGAGGCAGCCGUGGAUACCAGGGUGGCGGGUACCAGAAUGGGCGUGGAUACCAGGGUGGAGGUGGUGGAUAUCAGGCCGGUGGUGGAGGGUACCAGAAUGGCCGGGGUGGCGGCGGUGGUGGUGGGUACUACAACAACAACGACGAAGGGUACUACCAGCCGAGGAACUUCAACAACAGGGGCAGGGGUGGCCGGUCUGCCCAGGGAGGCGGGCACGCCUACGCUGAGAGGGUCGAGGCAAACGCCUAGUUGUGUUAUUUUGCUUGGGGUCAAAGGUCAUGAGAGGGAGAAGAGUCUGGGAGCCAUUUUGUUAUUAUAGAACUAACUUAGCCUGUUAUUAUGUCUGCAAUCCAUCCGCCCCCCAUCUGUGAGUUGGUUUUGUUGCUCCAAUCCAGUGACUGCAUAUGGUUGGUCGAUAAAUGUGGAAUCUUCGUCCAAAGUAGCUUCAGGUCAUGUUUGUUGGUUCCCUUGCCUUUUCUUUUUCUGUAUGUGUGAGUGUUUUUACUGGUUCGAAUGUGUUGUGGCAACAAACACGUUAAGAGCGCAAACUGAAAACAAAAUGUAUGUUUUUUUUUGAAAAAACUUGUCUAGCAGCCAUUUUGAGGUAUGAGUUGUAAUCAACAAUCUCGUCCCUUUGUUAUUUAUUUUGUGAAGCAGGAACUGAAUUUCACCAUUUGUUAUUUCUUUUGUGAAGUAGGAACUGAAUUUCAACGACGCAAGCGAAGUGUCACAACUAUGACGACCUGAUGAUGCAUGAAUGGAGCUCUAAUGGUUGAAACUGAUGUCUCUACAAAAGUGUUCCAAAAUCACCCUCAAUUUUACAAAUGAUUUUUCUUUUAAUAAAAAUUAUAUCACUGAAAAACCGUGUUUUUCAGAAAGACCAGAAUACAACCAGCAGCAGUGAAGGAAGAAUGUAAGGAACUGAUUAAGUGUUUGUCCAAAUGAUGUUCUGA